AUGGAAUUGCUGUAACUCCUAAAAUUGUUAAAACUUACAUGAAAGAACUUUUAGCAAACCAAUUUUCUAAUAUUUAUCCAGGUGCCAGUGAAAAAUUUCUUGCAUCAGAAAGUUGGUUCUAUCGCUUUCUUAGAAGGUAUGAUUUUGCAAUGAGAUGUAAAACAAAGAUUGGUCAGAAGCUUCCCACACACCUUGACAUCAAACUUCUCGAAUUUCAACAAUUUAUUAUAAAAAAACAAAAACAAUUUGAAUACGAACUUUCAGAAAUUGGAAAUAUGGAUGAAACUCCUGUUUAUUUUGAUAUGGUUGGAAAUUUAACAAUUGAUAAACGUGGUGCAAAAACUGUGCAAGUUCGAACAACUGGAAAUGAUAAAAACCGUUUUACAUGUGUCCUUACAAUUCUUGCAGAUGGUACAAAAUUACCACCAAUUGUUAUUUUCAAAGGUAAACGAAUGCCAAAGAAUUUACCUUCUCAAAUCAUUGUACUAAUGCACCCAAAAGGAUGGAUGGAUGAAAUUGGAAUGAAAGCUUGGUUUGAUAAGUGGAAUACUUGGAUGAGUUCAGGUAAUUUCACCUAUACCAAAAAUGGAAAUUUAAGAAAGCCUGAACAUAAUGUCAUUUGUAAAUGGAUUUUGGAGGUUUGGGAUGAAAUUCCGAAUGAAAUGAUUGUGAAAUCAUUUAAAAAGUGUGGCAUUAGUAAUGCAAUUGAUGGAUCGGAAGAUCAUUUGUUUGGACAAGCUUAUGGGGAUGAAAAUGAAGAUGAGGAAGAUGAAU